AUGAAGGAUCUUCUGGAUUUGUUUGUGAAGACUGUCCAGAAAGAAGAAGCCAUCAGUCUUGAAGAUUUUAGGGCAGAUCAGCUAAAAUAUUACCUGCGUCAGGAUUUCCCACAACUCCACUUCCACAAGUCACCUAAAAGAAACACAAGUGAAAUGGUUUUCUCAGGCUUCUUGGGAGCAAGUGAUGGCCUGGAACAGACACCAUGUGGUCCAACAUCCAGUACGGAGUCAAGCAACUCUGAGCAAAAGACUGAAUCAGGUCCCAGCGGUCAGUCCAGCACGGACCCCAGUUUGGGGGGCAGUCCCUCCGCCUGCCUCCACUUGGCGUUCCGCUGCUGGAACCAUUUCUGUAACAGACACAGGUCAGAGGUCAGAGGACGUCGCUCAGGUCAAAAGGGAAAUGUAUAA